AUGCUAAAACUCAUUUUAGAAGCAAAGAGUCUAGAAGAGACGAUCAUUGAUGGGAAUAAAACCUCCCUUCAAGAAAAAGCUAAAGUUAUAACAUUCCUCCGUCAUCAUCUUGAUGAAGACCUGAAGAGGGAAUACCUUACUGUCGAGGACCCUCUCGAGUUAUGGAAAAACAUUCAAGAACGAUUUGACCACCUGAAGUUGGUUUUACUCUCUAAAACUCACUGUGAAUGGGCUCAUUUAAGGCUACGAGAUCAUAAAACUGUUAGUGAGUACAACUCUGCCCUUUUUCGCAUCACCUCUAAGUUUAAAUUAUGCGGUGAACAAAUCACCGAUGAAGACAUGUUAGAGAAAACUUUCUCAACGUUGCAUACAUCAAACAUGCUCCUCGCGCAGUAUUACAGAGAACGUAAAUUUACAAAAUACACUGAUCUAAUACCAUGUUUGUUGGCCGCGGAACAAAAUAACAAGCUCCAUCUACAAAAGCAGUAA